AUGGCUUUCAAACCGGCGCUCAUUGUGGUUGACAUGCAACAUGACUUCUGUCCUCCUGAUGGUUCCCUUGCUGUCCCUGGAGGCAAAGACAUUGUGCCCCUCAUCAACCAGCUCCUUGAUUCUCCCAGCUUUGCUGUAAAGAUAGCAACGCAAGAUUGGCAUCCCGCUGACCAUAUAUCCUUCGCCGCAAAUCACACUCCACCACACAACAAGCCUUUUGAGUCUUUUGUCGAGGUGAACAACAUAGUUGGAAACAGGCCGGAGCAGACGAUGAUGCAAAGACUCUGGCCGAUACACUGCGUACAGAAUACGAGAGGCGCUGAUAUUAUCGAAGAAAUCGACCUGUCAAAGGUCAACGUCAAUGUGAAGAAAGGCAUGGACGCGCGAGUUGAAAUGUACUCUGCCUUCUCCGAUUCUUUCGGCAAUUUGACCUCGGGCGCAGGAGGAGUCAGCCUGGAUCUCGCUUCCUUGCUGCAUUCGCACAAUAUUACUGACGUCUAUGUCGUGGGUUUAGCUGGGGAUUAUUGCGUCAAAGAUACAGCACUAGGCGCGGCAAAGGCAGGUUUCAAAACGUAUGUCAUUGAAGAGGGACAGAAAUGUGUUGAUCCAGGGGCAUGGGACGAUGUAAAGCUGGCCCUUUCACAAGGCUUGGUCUCCGUGGUCAGCGCCCAGGGACCCGAAGUUCGCCGCGUACUAUGA